AUGGCUUCUGUAACAGCGAUGAUAGCGAAAACUCAGAAAGGCGCGAUGGGCAAAAAAGAAUUUUUGUUACGCUCUGAUGCGCAACACCGUGCGCAAGGCCAAGAGGCUACCUGGCUGCGAAAAGGUCCUGGCCUUCCACAAGCUCUCUUCAGGAAGCUGAAGAGAGCUUGCCACACAAGAUGGCUUAGCUUCGACGCAGCAGUUAAAACUGUGUACGCUGACUUCUGGGCGGUACUGCAGACACUGUCGGCAUUCGAGUCCUGUCCGGUUGCAACUGGUCUACUCAAGAAGAUGGCAUACCCCAAGUUUCUGGGCAUCAUCAUCAUCCUCAAGAAUGUACUGUCACACUUAGCAAACCUGUCUAAAGAACUCCAAAUAAGUACUCUGAACUUCGCCCAAGUCCAGCCUGCUAUUGACCGUGCCAAAGACGAGCUACAAAAGAUCAUACAGUCCAACAUCGUCUGCAAAGAGCUCAAGGCUGACUUGCACCCACAGCACGGACAGUUUAAACACACAGGCAUUCUCCUUAAAGGUGAUGUUGAAGUCCAGGUGGCAGGCCUUGCGCGCAAACAAGGUAGAUUGUUGGCUGCCCAUUUCUUUGAAGAAUCACAGCAGAAUGAGCUCAGAGCAGAAUGGGGGAAGUUCAAGUACGACCUGCACACGAACCUAAAGUCCCAACUAAAGCCUGACACACUGACAGGGAGUGCCACUCAAUGGUGUCUGGAGAGAAUCAUUGAACUGAAGACUUUUUAUGGACAUGUGUAUCCGUUAUUGGUGCACAUUGCCAAGGUUGCUUUGGUCCUGCCACUGUCAAAUGCAUGGCCAGAGAGAGGAGCAAGCAAGGUGAAGCUGAUCAAAAACCGCCUCCGGACCAGACUGGGUGGUGAGAUGCUCAACGCCUUGCUCUGCAUGUCAAUCAAUGGACCACCAGUCAAUAGCCCAGAGUCACACAGCAUGCUGACAUCUGCAGUGGAGACCUGGUUUCUGCAGAAGAAGAGGCAUAGAUCAAAGAAGCUAGCGGAGGACAGAAAGAACGAGCAGCGAGUCCAGAGAGCCAUUGUCAAGCUGAGACAGCUGUAUGCUCCUCCCCAUCCUGAAGAGGAGGCUCCUCUUACCCAUCCAGACGAGGGAGCUAGGAUGGACGAGGAUCAGGAGAGUCAGGUUGCGGAUGAGGAGGCUGAGAUUAACUACUUGAGGGUCCUGGAAAGGGAAGAUGCUUCAUCAGUGGCCAAGGCCAUCAUGGCGGAGACACCUCCAGAUUCAGAGAGUGACUCGGACUCUGAUGACUAUGAAAGCAUGUACUACUAGUAACUAUUAGGUAUAACUUUUCCCUGCACUGCCUUUCUUGUUUUCCCUGCACCGCCUUCCAGGUCAGGAGAAAGUUUUUUUUUUUCUGUUGGAAAAAGCAGUGUUUGUGACUGAGGGGGUUAAAUAGCACAUGAUCCCCUUCAAAUCAUGUAGCAAACCAUGUACUGGUAAAUAUGUAUUAAGUGAAACUUCUGUUUUCCCUGAACCCCCUUCCAGGUCAUGAGAAAGUUUGAGACCCAUUUAUUUCACAGAUGUGACAGUGUUGGUGAGACAAAAUCACAUCAAAGACUCUGAUCAUGUAGGAGUGAAAGGUUAUUAAAUUAAUUGUUUGCUUCUCAAUUUGCUUCAAGGUUUCUGUAUUUCAAGUGGUAUAAAGACCAGAUAG